AGCGGUUGUUCUCUUUUGAUUAUUGCUUCGUGCAGUUGUCACUAUUUUGCUGUUUUGCUGCUAUUAUUUUAUUCGUGUUGUGUGACAAAUGGUGAUAUUAAACUUUUUCAUUAAUUGCGCGACGUUUUUUACGUUUGUUAAGAAAUUUAGCACACUGCUUUUUUUAAAUAAAAUAAAUAGCAAUGUUUUGCAAGAAAAAGUGAAUAAAUGUGUGCGUGUUUAAAUCGAAAAACAGACAAUUGUGAAAUCAUCUAAAUACUUUGUAAACGCUGCAGCUCCGCCGCACCGACCUCUGCACCUGUGAAGGCUGAAAGAGAACGAUUUAGUAAAAUCCCAAUCGGAAACUGGCUAGAGUCAAAGACAUGUAAAUUUAAAGCAGUUUCAAGUGCAGUGACUAAAGGUGACUUCAAAGUUAUAAAGGGUACAUACAAUUCCAUUGAUUAGAAUCUAAUAUUAACUCAUACUUAAGUGUAACAUUUCAAAGCCUCCAUUUCCACUCUCAACUGAACUCUGUACGCAGUAAAACACACACACACAUGCAUGCCCAGAUAAAACUAAACAAUAAGCACUUCCGUCUGCGCCAAUUGUCAUAUUUCAUUGUGUUCAAAAAAUAUUAAGAAAACAACAAUUAAAAUAAACACUUGCUUUAAGCAAAUAAAAACAAAACACACACUUUUUACAACAACCAAAAAAAAUUAUAAAUAAUACAGCUACUAAACACUAAACGAAAAUGUCGCAGUCCGCCACCAGUAAUGUGAAUGGUCGUAAGAAUAGCUCAGCCGCCGUGGAGUGUAUACCGUCAGCCACAAAUGCGGCUGCUGCGGCGGCCUACAAGGAACACCAAACACUAGGCAUCAAUCGCAACAGUGUCGGUGAUGGCAGCAAUGCUUCAUCGGCGCCCAAUGUGGGGGCAAUGCGUGAAUGGUGGUAAGUGCAUUUUGUGUAUGUAUAUGUUAAUAGACGUUGUGAAAGGAAAGUCAAAAGGAGAUUUGCGUAUAUUUUGUUUACCUGCCGCUCACUUAUUUCAUACAUACAUAGUUGUAUUGUUGCUUUGUUUAUAUUUCGUGAUUGCGUGAAAUAGCCUACUCAUCGUGAGUGACAAUAAUAACAAUGACACCUAGUAACAAUUCUAGCGUAAUAAUAAUAUUUAUGUGUGGGAAAGUAUAUUUAUAGUGAUAUGCAAUAAUUCAGCAUGAUGCUGUCAAGAGGAAUAUUUUACAGUUAGAUAUUUACAAUUUAUUGCUACUUCAAAGUUGUGUUUGUGUUUGAAUUAAUUAGCAAAUUGUCUACACUAAUACUUGUACAAGAAAAUAAUGCUAAUUGACUCAAUUAAAGUGUUAUUUGAAGCACGUAUAAGAAUUUACAUAUAACGCGUUGUAAGAAUUUACAUAUAAAUUACGCUGUGCGAUAAAAGUAAUGUUGGGUAGUAGCUUUUAGAAAGUGAAAUUGCACUUUUCGUCACGCAGAAUUUUCUUAACUAAAAACAAAAACAAAGGUUAAUUUUGACUGCACCGAAGCUAUAGCACCCUUCCCGAGUCGAAAUUUCCAUAUUUGCUUGGCUCAUGCAACAAAACAUUAAUAUAUACAACAAAAUUUCUAUAAAAAAAAUAAGCAUCAUCCUAAUAGUUACUUGUUAUCUAAUCUAAUAGGGUACAGCUGUAGUGCUAAUUGCUAAAAUAAAAAGAAGUUAUGCAAAUAAUACGGUGAAAUCGCACCGAUAACGAAACAAAAUUAUAAAUAACGCUAGCAAAAGUGUAGCUAAUUAAACUAAUUUUCAUUUGACGUAAUAUUCUUUUAUAAAAAUAUAAAUUUUUAUAAAGAAAUUGCACUCACUUUAAAAAAAUUUGUACUAUAUGUAAAUAUAUGUACUAAGCUAGCAUUAGUUGGAGUAAUCCAGAAUAUGCCGUGAGCAGCUUAUAUCCACUUUUAAAUUAAAAAAAUGUGGAAAACGGGGCCUCAAGGGCCAUCCCUGCAACUUCCCGCUAAUUUCAUACGCUAACGUUCAAAUUUCGCUUUUUUCACUGCUUUUGAGCUCUUCGAAAUUUUUCGUUUUCGAUAUCUCGCAAGUAAAUCAACCGAUUUUGACCCGGUUUGCGGCAAACGAUGUGUUUUUUCAAGGUUUAGAACUGAUUAUUUUUAUUUUUUAUUUUUAAGAUUUCUCAAAAUCUACUGGUCCGAUUGGGUCCAAACUCACACGAAAUUCAAGUGCAAUGAAACCCUUUGGAAUGCCGUUUAGUUUAUUCAAAUCGGUUGAGCCGUUUAAAAGUUAUAAGAGGGUCACAUACAUCCACACACACACACACAUACAUCCACACAUACAUACAGACAUACGGACAUCAUCGUAGAAAUGUUCGGGGAAGCUUCCUCGACCCUCAAAACGUCGAGAUCUGUUGAGAACUCGAUUUUUGCAAAAUGGGGUGAAACCAAUAUCUUCCCGAUUUUUAGAAAAUUUUCAAUUUUCUUAGCGGGAAGUUAAAAAAAUAAAUUUUUUGGCUCAUAAAUAUAACGAAUGUUUAUGUGUAUGUAAAUUUGAAAGUUUAUACCGCAAAUUUGAAGUCGAUCCGUUAAACAGUUUUGGAGAUAUGAGCGUAUUUGUAAGAAUUUUUUUAGCUUAGUGUAAUCGGCUACCAAAACUUUAAACGCGUUUUUCUCGAAAUUUUUUACUUUUAUGAUUAAGCACUAUUCUUAGGUAAAGUUGAUUCUCGUGGCACUGUUUAUUUAUAAUAUUACUUUCGCUUGAUAACGGCACUUUUAACCGCAAGACAGUAUCAAUAAUAAACAAGUGAUUUAAAAUUUAUAAUUACAAUAGCAAAAUUGUUGACUAACUUGUUUGUGAAUUUACAUAUACAUAUGUAUACAUAUUAUAAGUACAUGUGUAUAUGUAUAUCUUUAUACAUAAACGCUACAUGGCCAAGGUAUAUUAAAAGUCAAAGCUGCUUAUCAGUACAUUUAAGUGCACGCAACUGUACAUAUUUAAUUAUAUAAAUAUACCUGUAUAUGUAUACGAGUAUAUAUAUACGAGUAUGUACAUAUAUAUGCUGACAGAAAGUAAAUAAAUAUAUAGGCAAUGACAUGAAAUUAAAUGUGAAUCAAGUCAAUAAGCGCACACCGUUGUAUUCUUUAUUAAAUGACAACAGCUUGUCAGUAGAAAACUUGUCAUCGGCGCAGCGCUGACAAACGUGAUCGCGCGGCAUUGCCUUUGUGAACGUUAAUCGCGUAGAAAUGCUUCCAUACUUACAUAUUUGAAAUUGGAAAAAAAUCUAUAAUUUUGCAAUCAAAAAUAUUUACAUAAGCGCAUUUACUUGUAAGUAUGUGUGUCCAUAUGUAUAAAUGCACGUCGUGUGUGAAUGCUGAUUUAAAAACAAAGCGCUACUGAACCGCUGGGGGCAGCAAUAAAAUUGCAAAAAAUAUGCAUCUUGAAUAAAAAAAAAAAAUCCAAAUAGCAAGCAUCGCCACUAGUGUAAUGAGUGUAACGCUAAUGAUCGUUGAAACAAAAGCGCUUAAGCUUUGCACUUUGUAUUCCAUAAGCCUCAGUCAGAGUCAGAUGAUCAGCGUCGAACGCGCGUUUGUGUGUUAAUACAAAGCGUUCGUUAAGCUUAUUAGCGCUUAAAACAUUGUUAAUCAGUUCAAAUAUUGAUAAUCGCAAAUGCAUACAAACGAUAACGCGAUCAGCCGAAAUCUUAAAGUUCGAAAAGAAUUAAAGUUGAAUUCUAAAAUUAAUUAACAAUAAAUUGUUUAUACUUUAGUUUGCAAUACCUCAAACAAAGCAUCUAACUGCGUUUUUCUGCUUAGUAGUGAGUGAUCUGCAUCGUAGCUAGUGCUUGUGGCUGUCGUCGCCGCCGUCACGUGUGUGUGUGUGUGUUGUCGCAGGGGCAUCACGCCUCACUUACGUUAUGCGCUACAAGCUGUCGGAUAUGCUAACGCUCGUAUUAAAUCACUAUAGCAAAUUUGUGGCGUAAUUUUUAACUAAAAACUACAACAAAAACAAUACUAACAACAAGCAUUGUCGCACCAACUGCAUACAUUUUGCUUAUCAUCUUGUUCUAAGUAUGUGCUGAGUUCAACACUUGUUGAGUUGUAUUGUUGAGAUAAGUGUGAAGUGUGCUAAGAACUCUCGCGCCCUCACUGCGACUCAGUUAACCCAGCACACAUUUAAAGGCCAGCACAUAGUGAGCCACAAUUAACAUACAAACGCCACAGUCAAUUUAUCAGUCGCUGCUGUCACGAUACGCCAUCCAUUCGACGCGAGCUUACUUUUAUAAGCAUCCAUCAGCGAUAAACCGCACGAGUUGCUUCAAACGGCAAAACCCCACCCUCGUCGUCGCUUUGUGUCAGCUGUUAAUUUCAUCAGCGCCUGUCCAAUCGGCUGAUUUGCUGUAUACAUAUUUUUGUAUGCUUGGCGAUCGCGCACCAGAAGUUUGAAUGCUCCAUCGCCAUUCCAACAAUUUGGACCAUGUGGACGAAUAAUGAAAAAUCAAGCAAUGGUUAUGCAAAUUCAGGAUCCCGCCAGUCAACGCUUGACCUGGUACAAGCCACCGCUCACCGUGCUCGUCAUAAAGAAAGUGCGUGACUCAACGGUGCUGGCACCCUUCGUACAGCUGGUCGAAUGGCUGGUGCAGGAGAAGCACAUGGUCGUUUGGGUCGAGUCGGCGGUGCUCGAUGACCCGCUACUAAUAGAGGAUAAGAAAUUUAAGAAUAUCAAAGAGAAAUUAGUGACAUUCAAAGAUGGUCGUGAUGAUUUAACCGAUCGUAUUGAUUUUAUAGUCUGCCUUGGUGGCGACGGCACACUGUUGUAUGCUUCGUUGCUGUUCCAGCAAUCGGUGCCACCGGUUAUGGCAUUCCAUUUGGGUUCGCUUGGUUUUCUAACGCCAUUCGAAUUUGAGAAUUUCCAGGAGCAAGUGACAAACGUGCUGGAGGGUCAUGCUGCGCUCACAUUGCGCAGUCGCUUGCGUUGUGUUAUCUAUAGGAAGAGCGAUCGCCGCAAGGAGUCGGAGAGUGAUAAUCAAAUAACAAAGAAUGCAUACAAUUACCAAACGGAUGGCAGCGACGCCACAAAUAAGAGUGGCAGUCGUGGUUCAACGAAUAUUUUGGUGCUCAACGAAGUCGUCAUCGAUCGCGGACCCUCACCGUACCUAAGCAAUAUCGAUCUCUUUUUGGAUGGCAAAUAUAUCACGUCGGUGCAGGGUGACGGUUUAAUUGUGUCCACGCCCACUGGCAGUACCGCCUAUGCCGUGGCGGCUGGCGCCUCGAUGAUACAUCCCUCGGUGCCGGCGAUAAUGGUGACACCCAUCUGCCCGCACUCGCUGAGCUUUCGACCGAUUGUAGUGCCCGCCGGCGUGGAGUUAAAGAUCUGCAUCUCACCGGACAGCCGCAACACUUCGUGGGUCUCAUUCGAUGGUCGCAAUCGGCAGGAGCUGCUACACGGCGAUUGCCUACGCGUCACCACCUCCAUCUAUCCGGUACCCAGCAUAUGCGCACAAGAUCAAAUUUCCGACUGGUUCGACUCGCUAGCGGAGUGCCUGCACUGGAAUGUGCGCAAGAAGCAGAAAUGCCUUGACGAACUGUGCGAUCUAACUGCCUCCGGUUCGGAAGACACACUCGACGAUUUGGAUCGUGUCAACGACACGAUAUUGGAUAGUGGGUCCUGCUUGCAGUGAUUAUGGGUAGUUUUCAAUUUUUCCGACGAUGAAUUAAAUAUGGGGGAGUGUAAGCGUAAAUAAUGAAAUUUGGCGCUGUGCAACUGUGGCACAGCAGUGCCACGUCGCUUCGGCGCAUAGACAAAAUUAUGAAAGAGCAAUGUUGAGUACAGAUUUGGCGUAAGCUUUUGUUGGUAAGCGCGCAGAUUUUGUUUUAUUUUUGCUUUAACUUUAGCGACAUUUUUUAUUAGUGAAUGAAAGAGUCGGAGUCGGUGGGAAAUCCAAAUGAGAAUUAUAAGAAAUUAUGAACAAAUCUGUUGCAAAAAUUAGUAUAGCAUAAUUUUGUUAAAGGAUUUAUGAAAUACAAAUGCAAUAAAUGACAAGUUAAAUGUGAUGUGAAAAAUGAAGCAAAUAAAAUGAAUUGGAAGUGUUUAAAAAACGCACUAGCUGCAUUGUA